AUGUUGCCGAUUUCAGGGUCUACUUCCCCUCAACAACCUGUUCAUACUGUGGUUUAUCCUCAAAAUUCACAACUUUCUCAAUAUGAGGAAACUGAUCAAACCGUUAAAUUUGAACCUGUUCAUUCUACUAUACCGAUCAAAUCUGAAUUUCCUUAUAGUUUCGAAAUGGAUUCGGUCUCGAGUGCUGGAUCUUCUCCUAAUCUUGUUGCUUCAAAUGAAUUUGAUAAUUCUCAUUUUAAUUAUAAUUAUCCUCCUCCUCUCAUUGAAGAUACUUCAAGUGAAACAACUUCUCCUACCUCAAAUGAUAUUUCUUUUCCUUUAAAUCCUGAUCAAAUUACUCAAUAUUAUCAAGAUUUUAUAACUCGUACUUCUCCAAUCGAUCAUCAAAAUUCUGGUGUACAAUCCUCUUUUGAUCAAAUGCGUUUUAUCAUUUAUGAACCUCGACCAAAUGAUAAUUCAUCUCUCGUUCCAAAUAUUAAUUCUCAUAACGCUUAUGGAAUGUGGCCUGUUUCCAUUCAAAAUAAUAAUAUUGAUAAUAGAUCAAUUUCUUCUACUACUCAAUCUAUGCAACCACUUUCUUAUGAAUUUCCUUCAAAUCCAGUUUUGGUAAAUCCCGCUCAAAUAAAUCCUCUUCCAUCUACUUCUUCAUCUCCACAACAACAACCGGCUCAACAACCUCAAUCUGUACAAAAUCAACAACAACUUAUUAAAUGUCCUCAUGAAGAAUGUACAAAAACUUUUAGCAGGUUAUAUAAUCUUAAGGCUCAUCUUCGUUCUCAUUCACCUGCUCGACCAUAUCAAUGUCCAAUGUGUCCAAGAUCUUUUUCGAGAAAACAUGAUUUACAAAGACAUAUUCGGGUACAUACUGGGGUUAAACCUUAUCAAUGCCCUUGCUGUUGUAAAGCAUUCGCUCGUACCGAUGCUCUUCGUCGUCACUUUAAGAUGGAAGAAAAUUGUAGAAAAUCUCCUGAGGUUCAAAAUAUGAAAACUAGAAGACGAUAUACGGAUUUAAAUUAA